GGACUUUGACGCACUGGAUAACAUUGUGAGGUCCAAUAACAAUAAAAGGGCUCCAAAAACCCUAACUUCACUCUGAGUAGUUUUCGGGCCAAGAAGGAAGCGGCGUCCCAACCAGAAGCAGAGAAGGUCUUCGUCGCAUCAAGUCAGGCAGCAAUGGGGAUCGAUCUAGUCGCCGGAGGUAAGGCCAAGAAGGCCAAGCGUACUGCACCAAAGUCCGAUGAUAUUUAUCUUAAGCUUCUCGUUAAGCUAUAUCGCUUUCUUGUCCGGAGGACCGGAAGCAAGUUUAACGCUGUGAUUCUCAAGAGAUUGUUCAUGAGCAAGGUCAACAAGCCACCACUAUCUCUUUCUAGACUCAUCCGAUUCAUGAAAGGAAAGGAAAGUAAGAUUGCUGUGGUUGUGGGGACUGUGACCGAUGAUAUCCGGGUUUAUGAAGUUCCAGCAUUGAAGGUAACAGCACUGAGGUUCACUGAGACUGCAAGGGCAAGAAUUGAGAAGGCAGGAGGAGAGUGCUUGACCUUUGAUCAACUUGCUUUGAGGGCACCAUUGGGCCAGAACACUGUUCUCCUUAGGGGUCCAAAGAAUGCACGUGAAGCGGUGAAACACUUUGGUCCUGCACCAGGUGUGCCUCACAGCCACAGUAAACCGUAUGUGCGGUCAAAGGGAAGGAAGUUUGAGAGGGCUAGAGGAAGGAGGAACAGCAGAGGAUUUAGAGUUUGAGCUAAAUUUAUUAUUUGAAAUUAAAGAUUUGUCUUUUCUGACUGGUAAUCCAAUUUUGCUUUGCUUUAGGUAUCUUUGGCCUGUGUUUUUUUGUUUUGUUCCCUGUUGGGAUAAUGUAUUUUCAAGUGGUCCAGCGGUUAUUUGAAUGCUUACAAUUGGAGUUUAAAAAAGAUAAUUUUGAUCCA